AUGCCCAUUCAGAAAACAGAACAACGAAUAUAUCCACUAUAUCUACCUCAUCUAAAAAUGGAUGCUGAAAUGAGUGAUACAGAAAAUAAGACUUCACCUGCGGCACCUGAGAAACAAUUGUCCGAAAACAAAACCAGGGGUCGCGGAGCCAAACUGCGCGGUCGAGGCGGUCGUGGUGGGAUGCGAAGUGGGAUGCGUGGUGGACGGGGAAUGAUAAAAGCUUUUGGUCAUCCUGGUCAUGUCAGAGGUCCAAUGUAUGACGGACCUUUUAAUGGAUUUCCACCUAUGAGGGGAAUGGGUAGAAUGCGACCAUAUCCUGACCCCAGUGGGCAUCGUGGAAGAGGGCUGAUGGGGCCUCCACGCCCACCACCCCCUCCAAUGCACCUCAGAGGCCCCUUUCCUCCAAUGCACCGGUAA